CCCCCUUUUUUUUAUUACUUUUUUACUUAAUGACAACCACGUCUGUCUCAUCAGAACCUUUAUCCUCAACCUAUUUGUCAAACUACUCUUCUUCUUUUCAAAGCUUCACACGUCGUCAUUCUAUUUAUGGAACAGAAGAUAGAGUAGUGCUUGAUAUUGGUUCAUUAUACAUAAAAUGUGGAUUCUCUGGCGAAUCCUCUCCUCGUCAUAUAGUCCCAACUUGGUCUUGUUUAGAACAUUUACGAAAUGAAGAAGGAGAAGUUAUUCGAAUGAAUAAAGAGUUGGAGGAAUUAUAUAGUCUAGAUGUUAUGGCAAAAGGCAAUUUGGAUGAAAUUGAAGAAAACUUUAAAAAGUUACUCCAUGACAUUUAUUUUCGGUUACUGUUAACAGAUCCGAAGACACGUAAAGUUAUUAUAUGUGAAUCCCCAUUGGCACCCAUUGCUAUCAAGCAAGUCAUUGCAAAGCUGUUAUUUGAUCACUUUUUAGUUCCUUCUAUAUCCUUUGUACCAGUCCACUUGAUGGCACUAUUUACAACUGGUUUAACAACUGGUUUAGUCAUUGACUGUGGAAACUUGGAAACAAGCGUUCUUCCCAUUUAUGUAGCUAGACCUAUAAUUCCUUAUAUUGCUACGACACCACUCGCCGGAAAAUCAAUCACGAAGAGGCUAAAGGAGUUAUUAUAUGAACAUGGUCGAUUCAUUCCACCCUCCAAUCUUCACUUUUCGCUUGCACCACAGAGCAGCAUACCCAGUCAGCUAUUGACACCAGAAUUAUUAGAGGAUAUAAAGACCAGAGCCAUUUUUUGUUCACCCCUCAUGAUCGGACAACAGCAGUACAGUGAUGCAGCAAGCAAAAUAGAUGCCUACAAAAACUUUAGCAGUGCUACUGAUCUGUACUAUCCCAUCACGCUCAAGGACGGCCAACGAGGCACGAUACUGAUACCUGGAUGGGUUCGCGAACGAACAGCAGAGGUGCUAUUUGAAGGAGAUGAAGAUGAGCCGAGUAUACCCUUAUGCAUAUUAGACUCAUUAUCAAAGCUUCAACCGGAUCUUCGAAAGCCUCUGAUAUCGUCUAUCCUCUUGAUCGGCGGUAUGUCACUUAUACCCGGAUUUCAAUCCAGAAUAAAGCAAGAAUUAUUACGAAUUAUGAGGGAUCCAACUGAAUAUGAAAAGAAGAAGUACAAUAGCUUGCUUAAAUUACACAAGUCAAUUCGGUUUUUAGACAAUCCAGAGGAAAAGGGCGCUGGACGUAUAUUUAUGAAUAACGUAAGAGGCUGGAUUGGAGGUUCUCUUAUGGGAUCCAUGAAGUUUUCAGGAGAAGAGAUCACAAAAGAAAAGUUUACGGGAAAUGUCACAGACUGGUCUAUAGGCCACUGGACAAAUACAGUUGAUUCAGCUGAUAGAGAAGCAAGUACAAGCACCAAAUAAAAAAAGAAAGAUGUGUUUUACUUGUUCUUUAUAUCAUUUGACUUUCGAUGAACUUUAGAACUAAUGGCGUCUUUCUCGAUGAGUCUGCAUUUCAUAUCAAUUUAAAACGUAGUAUGGCCUGGUCAAAA